GCGUGGAUCAGUAUUUUGUCUGAUGUGGAUGUGAUGCACGGAUUGAGUCGUGCAAUGUGGUGGAAGUGGAAAGAAGAGGUCCUGCUCAGGAAAUGGAUGUGGGGUAGAAAGUCUGCGGAGAAUCACCCAAAACUUCGAAACAGACACAGCCCUCGAGCCUUUGAACCUCGCCAGCUCCUCCUCUUACUCAGGAUGAAGACAUUUGUUGUUUUGCUACUCGUGAUAUUUCUGGAGGGAAAGACGGGGGAAUGUGCAGAGAGUGUGAAUGUGAGGCUGGUGAAUGGCAACAGCCCGUGUGCCGGGAGAGUAGAGCUUUACCACAGAGGAGAAUGGGGCACAGUGGAUGGCUUUGGCGGUUGGAAUAUGAAGGCAGCGGCUGUUGUGUGUAAGGAGCUGAGCUGUGGAAAAGCGCUCUCAGCCCCCAGAGGCGCUUACUUUGGCAAAGGAUCAGGCUGUGUUGUGGCGUAUAAUGUUCAAUGCAGAGGGUUCGAGUCUGCUCUGCGAUCUUGUCCUUCAGGGGCCUGGGGUCACAAUUACUGGUCACACUCCUUCGAUGUCGGCGUCAUCUGCUCAGGAAGUAAACCACCCAGACUGGUGAAUGGAGGCAAUCGCUGUGUGGGGAGAGUAGAGAUGUACACCAAUGACACUUGGGGAACACUUUGUGGCGAGACCCUGAACAUGGAGAUGGCAGGAUAUAUUUGUAAAUAUUUGGAAUGUGGAUUUGCUGUAUCAGCCUCAGGUGACGCUCGCUUUGGAAAAGGAUCGGGGCCUGUGGUUGGUUGGCCUGACUGCGGACACGUACAGGACGGUGGGAUAUUCUGUUCAGAUCCGCUCCAGAAACCCAACAUUUCUAUGAAGCCAGAUUCCCGGGGGUUUGUGAGAGGGGAAAGUGUUGAAAUCUCAUGUUCUGGGAGUUAUCCUGGCAGCAAUUUCUCUUUAUACAGAAACGGCGACUUUAUCAUCUCACAAUCAUCUCCAGAGAAUAACAACACGGCCACUUUCACCCCAUCGGAGAUCAUUGCAGGAAAUUACUCAUGUAAAUAUACUACGCACAUAGACGGCCGAGAGUUAACAUCGCCAGAGAGCGAGGGAAUGAGAAUCUCUCUGUCUGGUACCUUCACUACUCAGGGAAUUGUGAACGUCGCCCGCCUCAUAGUGGUUAUCACAUUGCCUCUGGUAAUUAUUUUCCUGCUAGUGAUUCAAUAUCGGCCAAUAAAGAAAGAUAACAGUGAAGAAAGGGUUAUUGAAGACACGACCUGACGUCUCCACUGAUCUCCUCGUGGCUCUCAGAAUCCAGCACGUCUUCAGCUUAUCCUCAGUCUCAGAUCGUAGAAUCUUUCUCUUACUCUUGAUAAUAUUUCCUGCCUUUGCCUUUGACUAACACACAUUGCGCCACUCACUUCCCAGUUCUCUGUGUGUCUCCUUUACCAUUCUGGAGGAGGUGAAUUCGGCCCCUUGAGGACUGAGUGGCUAAAUGCACCUGACAAUAAUAACAAUAACCAUUCCCACAUUUGGUGUUGCAGUCUUCACAUCAGGAAAACUUCUCAAAGCACCUUUCAAGAUUUACUUUUCAAAGACAAGGUAUCUUUCGGAUGAACGUGAAAGCUAAUCUUUGCAGAGCUAUUUCAAAGAAUCAGUCAUCAAAUUAGUGAAACCAUAGUAUCGGGAUUUAUUUUGUAGACAAACAAACAUAUUUUAUGAAAUGUCUUUGCAGUGGUUUAAGAUGAAACAGCUCUUUCUAUAUGAUCAUACUUAGCACAUCAAUGGAUGUCUGAGGGAAAUGGAUUUUGACUUGGGGAGUAAAGGAUUGAGGGGUCAGGUGGAAAUGGAUGGAGACGUACAAUGUCAAAAAUUAUACAAUCACAUAGCACAUUUCACAUCACGGAAUUUCCUGAAAAUUAUAUAGACAGCUGAAUAAACUUGUACAUAAUGCCCUGUCCUAUUCAACUCGCUCCCAGGUAUAUAUCCAACCUCCUCUUACUUGCUUAAACUAUCCAUUGCAACUGAGCGUUUCACAAAUAUAUUGAUAAACAGAUGAUAAUUUUAACCCUGGGUAUGGAGCCUAUCGUACCCGGAGAAUGUCUCAAAACGCUUUAUAUAAUAUACUGUUAAUUGUAGUGA